AUGCAGGGUAUUAAUGACUCUACGGUGGAGAAUAUGUCGAAAUACAGAAGGACAUUAACAGCUCCCUCGCGAGACUCAUACGAACACUUGGAAACAUUAAAACCUUCUGUGAGUAUAUCCGAACCGAUGUUGAAAAUACCUAUACAAGAGAGAAAGAAGAGCGUUGCAGCCGAAACGAUGCUGAAGAUACCCUUUCAUGAGAGAAAGAAGAGCAUUGCAGUAAACAGAGGGUCGAGUGGAUCUACUAGUAUUCACGGAAUUGUGGGUCGUUACGCUAGACGCUUGUCGUCCAAAGCUCAGAUAAAGAGGGAGGACACACAGGGGUCGUCUUUAAACCUACCCUCGGUUUCUUUCAGACAGGAACCGACGUACAAGAUGGAGCCCGACAUGAAAUUUUCGGCGAAAUCCGUGGAAGAAAUCAUAAAAGACACUCUAAACCGCAGACUGCAAGAUUACAAGUACGACAGCGAACAAACGCCUAGUUUGGGGAAAAUUUUGAGUGCUGACAUCAAAGAGCGCGUAAAACGGUUAAACUUUGACAGAUACAGGAUCGUCUGCAUGCUUGUGAUUGGUGAAAACCGAGGACAAUGUCUUCAAACGUCUAGCAGAUGUCAGUGGUAUCCUAGUACUGAUUCAUUCGCCUCCUACAAUUACAAGAACCAUAGCGUCUUUUGCUCCUGUACGGUUUACGGCAUAUAUGCUGAAUAA